AUGCCAGCUGCAUCUACUGCCACCACGUCUAGAAGACUGGCAAGGAGUGCUAACAGAAGAACAGUCCACUAUGAAGAGUUUAGUGAUGAAGAACAAGAGGAUCAACUUGAAGCUUACAGCCCUUCAUCUGAAAACACACCAAACCACACUACAAACUCAACUUCUACAAAGAGAAAGAAAACAACAAACAGUAAACAAACCAGCUCAAAAAGACAGAAAACUGUAUCUAGAGACCAACUCCAGCAACAACAACAACAACAACAACAACAACAGAAAUCGAAAAGAAAACAAUGCGGAAAGGGUAAGAAGAAACAACCACAAUUGGAGGACGAUUGGGAGGAAAACUACUUGUACCAAGCAUUGUCAAGUCCUGAAAUUAACGUUACUGAUCUCGCCCAGGAAUGGAUCGAAACAUAUGAAGAAGAGGCAGUACUGGACAACACUCACUCACUUGCAAUUACACUUGUCAUAAAUUUAAUCUUGAGAAGUUGUGGGUCGUUCCAUCUUUUCCAACCUCACGACUUGAUCAACUUGGCAAGCACUGCGGUUACAGUUGAAGAAAUUACAUUGGCAUUUGGCAACCAGUCAACUCAUAAAUUUGCAUUCAAACUUGUACCAGUUUUCAAAAAGAAUGUAUUGCAAUUUUUCCAAAAUAUAAUUGAAAUAUGCCAUGAAAAGGGGCUUUUGUAUCCACCAUAUACUCAGGGCAGUAACGACGCUGACUACGACGAGGAUGACUACGACGCCGCCCUGGAACUGUCUCAAUUGAUGGCACUUUUGCUCACUUGGGUUACAAGUCUUACACGGUCAGCAAUUAGAGCAUUGCGUUAUACAAGUACCGAAAUCAGCAUGGCAAUGCAGUUGGCGUUGAGCAAAAUUGGGAAAUCCGUGACUGCCAAUCUUCUGCGCUCAAGAAAACACUUGGGUAGAUUGAAUGAUGAAAGAUCAACAAAGUACAAAACAAUCAGGUCUACAAUUACAAACUAUGAAUCUCAAUUGAAUACAUUGAACGGAUAUUUUGAUGACAUUGCAUCUACUGUUGUCUCACAAAGAUAUAAGGAUUUUGAUCCUCAGAUUAGGUUGAUUGUGGUCAAAUACUUGAUUGAUACCAUGAGUGCAUAUCCAUCAUAUUUCUGUCAAUCACAGUUUUUGAAGUACUUUGGUUGGUUGUUAUCCGAUCCCAUUAACCAAGUACGCAGCGAAAUAAGUCGUGAUUUGUUGAAACUUUACAAAAUGAACAAGAACCAAGAUAUUGUGGAUGGAUUGACUCAAUUUUCCAUCAAAUUCAAACCACAAUUUAUUCUAAUGUGUGAGGUUGAUAUUGAUACAAAUGUGCGCACCAACUGUUGUGGGAUUUUGACAGAGAUGGUCAAGAUGGGAUUCCUUGAUGCAAAAGAUAAACACGAGGUAAUUAAGGCCUUCCCAUUUACUGCAACAAAGUUGAAGUUACAACAUGAUUUUGUUAGAUUUGUUCAAGUGGCUACUGAUGAGAAUGCGAUACAAGUUAUGGAAAAGAACCAAUCAAUUUUUGAGAGGGACAGUUAUGUUUUGCAUGAUCAUGAUGCAAGACAACUUUUGAAGAUAAAGGUGAUGCUUGAGGAGUUGUCCUUUCUUGUGGAAAAGGAUGCACCAUUGGAGAAAAUCUUUGAAUCGGAAUUAAUGACUCUGGUGUAUGCUCCAAAUUUGCGAUCACUCUUGGAUUACUUGUUGACGGAUAAUGCAGAGUUGAGAGUAAUUAAAGACGGCGAUGUUGAUGGUGAUGAGGAAGUAGAGGAGGAGGAGAAAGAGAAAGACUCUGACUUGAAUCAAGUGAAGAUGUUGGUGCAGCUUGACGAUGUGCAAAAGCUCACAUUACUCAAAACCAUUCAUGGUUUGAUCAAAGCUUCGAUAGUGAAGCUAAAGGGAAAACAGGCAGGAGCAUCCAAAGCUGAAGAAGAGGAAAUCAGAUCUACCAUAAUCACGCAAUUCAUUGACUAUAUUCCAAAACUCCAAAGCUUUUGUUUCAAAGCAAACAAUCGGUUCAAGAUAUUCGUUAGAAUUUGGCAGGAUUUGAUUGACGACAAACACAAUUGCAUUUUCAACUAUUAUAUCAAAUUGGAUAAAGUCGAAGAAUAUGAAUUAGCAAUUAAAGAGAUUUUGCAAUAUUUUUACGAGUUUAGUAUGGUUGAUGAAUUUCAACCUUUUUUUGAGAAAUUGUUUAGUCUGAGGGGAUUGACUGAGUCUAUUAAGUUUGAAGUGCAGAGGAUUGUCAAUGCGUUGGUGGAGAACACCACUGUAUAUUUAAGGGAUAGCCAAGAAGAGGAAGAAGAAAGAGUGGAGGACGACAACGACAACGACGACCCGGAGAAGCAAAAGCUUCAAGAGCGAGAAGAAUUGGCUGAUUCUUCAAUCGAUAUGGAUCGUGAUAUCGUGAUUUGGACCAAUCGACAAAAACAUGUUAUAAAGCUAUGUCGUGAAGUUUCCAUACUUGUUCAAAAGAUUAUAUUGGUUGGAAACUAUGUCAAUAUCGCCAAUUUGGACAAGAUUGAUGAUUUAAUAUAUCAAUUCAAUAAUCGGAUCUUGAAUAAAUUUGAUCUAAACGUGGUUCUCAAUGAAUGGAAACAUGAUUUCAUAUUACAAUUGCCCAAAUUCACCAAUGCCCUUGUGUCUGUUAUUGAGUUAGUUUUCAUUAUUAGUGGAUGGAAAUUUGAAAAGAUGAUUGAUACAGCGCCACAAGACCAACAUCAAUUUGAUGUUGAAUUAGAGUUUGAAAUGGUUGGUGAUGUCGUUAGUAAUUUGAUCCGAUACAUCGAUGAACUAAAAGACUUGAAUACUGCUACUGAAGAUACUAGUGUUGAAGAUUUGGACAAGUUGGUUGAGUUUAAAUGUCAAUUGAUUAAUCAAUACAUUAAUUUGGUCAUUUCGUUUCGAUUGUUUUAUGUCAAGUUUCAAGACGAUAAUCAAUUUAAGCAUUUUAAACUUUUUUUCCGACUGAAUAAGCCGGUGAUUAUGAUUAAGCGGGAUUUGCAAAUGGAGUUGUUGGAGAUGUUUUUGAUCAAGGAGAUGAAGUUGGCGCAUUUGCUUGGAAUUGAGUUGGAUAGGGAUGAUGAAGAGGGGGUGCAUUAUGAAGAUUAUGUGGAGAAGCAAGUACAGGUAGGUCAGGUGGAAGAGAAUGAGGAUGCAGAAGAUGGGGAGAAUGAGGAAGUCGAUGUGGACGAGGACGUAGAUGAGGAGGAAAGAAGACGCCGUUGUGAAACACGAAGACGUCUGCUUAGAGCCAACAAGGAGCAAUUGAAGCAAGUCAAGAUAUGGGAUUUGGAAAAGGAUUUGUCAGUAUACACUUUAAAAUUGAUCUCGUUAGUCAAGAUGCAAUUGGUCUCCCAAGACAUAUAUCAGCGGUUGAAGAAGAAUGCAGGUAAAUUGGGAGAGGUGUUUUAUAAAGUUAUUGAACAAGAAAAAGUUGUGCUGGAAGGUGGAGACAGGCAAGAAGAAGAGAUACCUGUUGACGCAACUGAUGGAAAUGAAUCUGUUAACUUGAGUGUUGAUGUGGGAGAUGGUGCUGAGGCGGAGACAUCUCAUGAAAGAAAUGAGAAUCAAGCUGAGGAUGGCGAUGCAGAAGGCGAUCAAGUGCAAGAUGUGUCAAUGGACUUACAAUUGGAGUUAGAUGUGUAG